UCUCUGUUGUGUUGAGASUCAGAAAUGACUUGUGGACUUGGUUUGGGAAUCUUGGUGGUUGUCUUUGUUCAAGCAGAGCAUGUAUGUUGUUUCUGGACUGAAGGAGCUCAGAACAUCCAGAACAGCAACACAAAUGUUGGCUUCCCACCACCAGAUGGCAGAUGGCUGAAAUCUKUCAGYUAUCCCCAGAAUCAAGUCAGACAAGGCUUUGUUUCUCCACACUCAGUCCAGAGCAGUAGCUUCAACACUGGUCCUGCAGUUUACAGUGGUUCUGGUCCAGGACUGUCCAGCAGGAGUUCAACACAAGCUGUUUCCCAGCCAGCCCACAGUUCAGUCAGACUGGUGCAGAGCAGCUCUGUGUUCAAAGACUACAGGCAAAAGCUGUCUUCACCCAGGGCUAAUGCUCCAAAUGUACUAAAGCUGUCCUCUGGUCUUUCUCCUGCUGUUGCUGGUGGACCUUCAGUGAGUCAGAACCAGAAGAACCCCUCUGCUCUCAGCAGGAGAAGUUGGCCUGUUCAGCAGGGACUGCAGCGUUCCAGCAAGUAUCCAUCCAGCAGCUCUCUGGCUUCUAGGGAAAGCUACUCCUUCAGACCAGUUUCUCCUCAGUCUGCAGCACAAGAACCUUCCAGGGCUGCUGCUAAAACCCCCUUUUCCCAAAGCCAAGUGGGUGCCUCUGCUGGUCUGUCUGGUCCUGUUGGUCCAAAACAAGGUGGACCCUCUGUACAGAUACAAACGUUCGCUCGUGGUCCUGCUAAGAGGGUGUCUUCAAAGCGUAGGUCUGGUGGACCUAAACCCAGGAGGCUGUCCUCUCUGACCAAGUCCUGGAAACCAUCUGUGGGUCAGGAAGGAGGUUGAAGACCCAGAAGCUGGCUGCAGACCUACAAAACCAGCCAUAAUCUGGCUGUCCCCAGGAGCAGCCCUGUGGGAGCUUCUGCCCAGGGUUCUACAGUUUUUGCCAUCCCUGAAGACUUUGGUGGCUUUGCUAUCAGACGGCUGAAAGAACCUGCAGACCAGAACCAAGUGACUGUCCAGAAGCAGCAGCUUCAGAUCCCCACAGCUGCUCCUCAGUGGCUGGUUCCAUCUACUCCCUAUCCUCAUCCAAAGGCCAGGUGGUCCAGGGUCAAGUUGUAGGCAGUUUCUAACUUGCCUACAUUAGGAGUUUUAAAAUGUWUCUUUGMAAUAAAAAAAAUUCCCCUUUAAUUGAGUGACU